GAUCUAAUUAUUUAAACUGCAAUCGGUCGGCGAAAAAUGGAUACCUGUAGUUUCUUCAAAACCAGUCCUGUUUUUUGCUUUACAAUGAAAGAACGAAGACAAAGGCGCCGUGAGAACCACUGGUGGGUUGUCGGGAUUUUGUUUCUCUGUGUUGAGGAGCUUGUUUCUGCUCAGCUGAGAUACUCAGUUCCAGAGGAGGUCCAGGUCGGAUCCCCCGUUGGAAACGCUGCCAAGGACUUGGGGCUCGACAUGAGCACUCUGGCAGACAGACGGUUUCGUAUUGUAUCGGGACCAAACCACGCUCUUUUCCAGUUAAAUCAGAACAAUGGAGUAUUGUAUGUUGGAAAAAUCAUGGACCGCGAGGAGUUCUGUGAAGGAAGCAAGGUUUGUUUGAUAAACUUGAAAAUUGUAGUUGAAAACCCACUGGAAAUACAUUACGUUGGCGUCGAAAUAUCCGACGUCAACGACCAUUCCCCGACAUUUCCAGAGAGCGAGCAGCGUCUGGAAAUAGCAGAGAACACACCUCCGGGUACUCGUUUCCAAAUCCAUGCAGCCAGAGACCCUGAUAUCGGCACACAAUCAGUUCGUUUAUAUAGAUUGAGCCCGAAUGAGUAUUUCGAUAUUGAAGUCAGAGACAGUGAGGAAGACAAGAUCCCGUUUUUGCUGCUGAAAAAGCCUUUAGACAGGGAGCAAAGGGUGGAACAUCAUUUAGUAUUAACGGCUCUGGACGGAGGCAGUCCGGCGAGAUCAGGGCUCCUUAACUUAACUAUUGCUGUGCUGGACGUAAAUGAUAACCGACCUGUGUUCAGCAAAGACGUAUAUACGGUAUCAUUAGAUGAAAACGCACCGAUUGGAACGGUUGUUUUAGAGCUAAACGCUACAGAUUUAGAUGAGGGGCCAAACGGUGAUAUUGAAUACAGUUUUGGGAAAACGCAAAAGAAGAAAGUUCAUGACACAUUUGAAAUAAACAGUGUGACGGGUGAAAUUCGAGUUAAAGGAAAAGUGGACUUUGAAGACACGGAGGUUUAUAGACUUGAUUUACAAGCUUCAGACAAAGGACAGCCUCCGUUGACAGCAGAAAGUAGAGUUGUAAUAAAAAUACGAGACGUUAAUGACAAUACGCCAGAUAUUGACGUAACAUCUUUGUCCAACGUGGUCCCAGAGGACUCAAAGCAGGGAACAGUCAUUUCUCUCAUUAGCGUUACUGACAGAGACUCGGGUGUUAAUGGGAAAGUUAUUUGCAAAAUCAUGAAUAAUGUUCCGUUUGACUUGACGCCAUCCAUCGAAGAAAACAUGUAUUCACUCGUCACAAAGGGGCGUUUAGACCGAGAGGCUGUGUCUCGUUAUGAAAUCACAAUAACAGCUACCGACUGUGGUGAACCUCCUCUUUCAACUGUGAAAACGCUGAGCGUCCAGGUUUCAGAUGUAAAUGACAACACACCGAGAUUUAUUCAAAACCCAACUGAACUGUAUCUGGUGGAAAACAAUACUCCAGGAGCAUCAAUAUUUUCUGUGAGUGCUGCGGAUAAUGAUUUGAACGAAAAUGCAGCACUAACGUAUCACAUUGUAAGAGGGGAUGGAAAACAGGGUGACAUGUCGUCUUUCCUGAACGUCAAUUCAGAAAACGGACAAAUAACGGCGCUGAAAAGUUUUGACUUUGAGACUCUGAAGACGUUCCAGUUCCAAGUCGUGGCCUCAGACUCUGGAACUCCGUCACUGAGCAGCAACGUCACAGUGAACGUGUUCAUCCUGGAUCAGAACGACAACGCUCCAGUCAUCCUGUAUCCAGUCAGCUCCAACGGUUCUGCUGAAGGUGUGGAGGAGAUUCCCCGCAAUGUGAACGCAGGACACUUGGUGACUAAAGUCAGAGCCUAUGACGCUGAUAUAGGAUAUAACGGCUGGUUACUGUUCUCACUGCAGCAGGUCACUGACCACAGUCUCUUUGGCUUGGACCGCUACACAGGACAGAUCAGAACACUGCGCUCAUUCACAGAGACAGACGAGGCUGAGCAUAAACUGCUCAUACUGGUCAAAGACAAUGGCAACGUCUCACUCUCAGCAACAGCUACUGUGCUGGUGAAACUGGUGGAGCCCAAAGAGGCUUUUGCAGCUUCUGAUGUCAAAAGUUCAGCAAAACACGACGAGGAGAAUAAUGUGACUUUCUACCUGAUGAUAACUUUGGGCUCAGUUUCAGCACUGUUCCUCAUCAGCAUCAUUGUGCUGAUUGCAAUGCAGUGCUCAAAGUCCACAGACUAUACUUCUAAAUAUCUGCAGGAGCCUAAUUAUGACGGGACACUGUGUCACAGCAUCCAGUACAGAUCUGGAGACAAGCGCUACAUGUUAGUUGGACCCAGGAUGAGUGUAGGAUCUACUAUAGUCCCAGGAAGCCACGCAAACACGCUGGUGCUUCCUGACAGGAGGAAAACGUCUGAGGUAGGACUAUUAUUUAUUUAUUUGUUUGUUUGCUUGUUUAUUUGUUUAUUUGCCUAUUUGCUCAUUUGUUUAUUUAUUUAAUUGUUUGUUUAUUUA